AUGGAGUUCCUGCUGGGGAACCCGUUCAGCACCCCGGUGGGACAGUGCCUCGAAAAGGCAACAGAUGGCUCCCUGCAAAGCGAAGACUGGACGCUGAACAUGGAGAUCUGCGACAUUGUCAAUGAGACAGAGGAAGGGCCAAAGGAUGCCAUUCGAGCACUGAAGAAGCGACUAAACGGGAACCGGAACUACAGAGAAGUGAUGCUGGCAUUAACAGUGCUGGAGACCUGUGUGAAGAACUGCGGCCACCGCUUCCACAUCCUCGUGGCCAACCGAGAUUUCAUCGACGGCGUUCUGGUCAAAAUCCUCUCUCCCAGAAACAACCCGCCCACCAUCGUGCAGGACAAGGUGCUGGCCCUGAUCCAGGCGUGGGCCGAUGCCUUUCGAAGCAGUCCUGACCUCACGGGUGUCGUGCAUAUAUAUGAGGAGUUGAAGAGGAAAGGGGUUGAGUUUCCUAAUGCGGAUUUGGACGCUCUGUCUCCCAUACACACACCGCAACGGAGUGUCCCUGAAGUGGAUCCAGCCGCCACCGUGCCCAGGUCCCAGGCGCAGCAGAGGACAAGUGCCAGCUCCUUUUCCUCGUCUGCUCCUCCUCCCUUCUCUGCGCCACAGGCCCCGGCUCUGAGUGUGACCGGCCCCAUCACAGCCAAUGCAGAACAGCAGAUCGCCAGGCUGCGGAGUGAACUGGACAUUGUUCGAGGCAACACCAAAGUCAUGUCUGAGAUGUUAACGGAAAUGGUCCCCGGGCAGGAAGACUCGUCUGACCUGGAGUUGCUGCAGGAGCUGAACAGGACCUGCCGGGCCAUGCAGCAGCGCGUGGUGGAGCUCAUCUCGCACGUGAGCAACGAGGAGGUCACCGAGGAGCUGCUGCACGUCAACGACGACCUCAACAACGUCUUCCUCCGAUACGAGAGGUUCGAACGAUUCCGGUCUGGCCGCCUGGUCCAAAACUCCAGUAACGGGGUUCUCAGUGAAGUGACCGAGGACAACUUAAUAGACCUGGGGCCGGGGUCUCCUGCCGUGAUGAGCCCCAUGGUGGGGAGCACGGCACCCCCACCUUCCCUCUCAUCUCAGCUUGCUGGCCUGGACCUGGGGGCAGAGAGCGUCAGCGGCACCCUGAGUGCGCUCCAGCAGUGCGCCCCCCCGGACAGCGCCGGCACGCGCGCCCAGACCACGGGGAGCUCCGCAGCCGAGCAGCGCAAGGCGGUAACCUGUGAGGACCCCCAGGCUGCCGGAGGACUCACUUCUGCCCUAGACAGUCGGAAACAGCUCUCCGAAGUGAUCCCCGUUGCGCAGCCCUCUGUCAUGGACGACAUUGAGGUGUGGCUCAGGACGGACCUGAAGGGCGACGACCUGGAGGAAGGCGUCACGAGCGAAGAGUUUGAUAAAUUCCUUGAAGAAAGGGCCAGAGCUGCUGAAAUGGUUCCCGACCUGCCCUCGCCCCCAGCGGAGGCGCCCGGCCCAGCCGCCAACCCCUCCAGCCAGAGGAAGCCCGCCCGCUCCGAGGACGCCCUCUUCGCCCUGUGA